AUGCCUUGUAGAUAUGCCGUUGCAGCACUAGCUAAAAUGGGUCGUAAGGCUGAGGAUUUCGUGCAUAAGUGGCUAACUAUGGAAGCCAUCAGAGCAACUUAUUCACAUUGCAUUAAACUAGUCAACAGUGAAGAGUACUGGACACCUACUAAUGCACCAAGGCCACUGCCUCCCACUAUCAAGAGAGCUGCUCAUAGACCUAAGAUGAAGAGAAGAGCCGAUCCAGUUGAGAGAGAGAUGAGCACCACCAAGGCGAAGAAGACAUUUAUUGUUACUUGCUCUAAGUGUGGCCAAACAGGCCAUUACUACAAGACAUGUCCGAAUGCAGCACAAGAUCCCAACUAG